AUGUCAUUAAAAGUCGGUCUUAUAAUAACUGUACUGGUGUCGGGUCUUUUUCCGGAAACGCAGGGAAAAACUUGUGAAGGGAUUUUUUUCAUUUGUAGAAGUUUGUUGCAGACAGUUCAAGAGUACAAAGUAGCAUUAAAGGAUCAAAUGCAAAGCUUAAACGGAGCAGUAGAAAACAAGAAGGAAUUUAAGGGUCCAAAUUCCAGAAGUGUUGUAAGCCACGGAUCUCCAAGCAUCGUGGUUACUAUAGGU